GGCGGCGGCCGCCGCUGGCGGGGCUUCGGCAGGGCCGGCCCCGGCCUCUGCAGCGCGGGCUCAGUACAGCGUCCCCGGCAUCCUGCAUUUCCUGCAGCACGAGUGGGGCCGCUUCGAGGCCGAGAGAGCCGAGUGGGAGGCAGAGCGGGCGGAGCUGCAGGCCCAAAUUGCCUUCCUUCAAGGGGAAAGAAAAGGUCAAGAGAAUUUGAAGAAGGAUUUAGUGCGACGAAUAAAAAUGUUAGAAUAUGCUCUUAAACAAGAAAGAGCUAAAUACCACAAGUUAAAAUAUGGUACAGAGCUGAAUCAGGGAGAUAUGAAGCCACCAAAUUAUGAUUCUGAUGAAGGAAAUGAAACUGAAGUUCAGUCACAACCUAACAGUCAGUUAAUAUGGAAACAAGGGCGACAGUUACUCAGACAAUACCUGCAAGAGGUGGGAUAUACUGACACAAUCCUGGAUGUGAAGUCAAAACGGGUACGAACUUUGCUGGGUCUCUCUGGUGAUGGUCCAGAGAGGGAAACUGACAAAAACCAAGAAUCAAUGGUGAAUGGCACUGAUGUUGAGAUUAAACAAAAAGUGAUGAUUGGGAAACCAGAUUUGACAGAUUCUGCCUCUCUGCUAGAAACAUUUAAAUUCCUUGAAAAUGCUGCUGCAGAAUUUAGCGAUGAAGAUGAAGAUGAUGAUAUUGAUGGAAGAGAGCGAACAGUCAUGGACACAUCAACGAUUGUGAGAAAAAGAGUGCUGCCUGAGAACAAUGAAGACAGAGAUACUGAAGAAGCCCUGAAGGAGUUUGAUUUCUUAGCUACAUCUGAUGAAGGGGAUGGGGAAUCCAGAAGUUCAGGAGAUGGUACAGACUGGGAAAAGGAAGACCAGUGUCUCAUGCCUGAAGCCUGGAAUGUGGACCAGGGAGUAAUAACCAAACUGAAGGAACAGUACAAAAAGGAGCGCAAGGGGAAAAAGGGGGUGAAGAGAAAAACUACCGAAGAUAUGUUUCAGCCUCAGUCCUUUAUAAAACAGUCAAAACAGGGAUGUGGGAAAAUGAUGGAGCAAAAUACAGGACCCAACAGGUCAAAACUGCAAGACAUGCUUGCUAAUUUGAGAGAUGUUGAUGAUCUCCCUGCAUUACAGCCUUCUGUUGUACCACCCACCCGACCCAGUACUUCGCGGCUUAUUGAGCAAGAGAUAAAUCGAACAGAUGAAGUGGAAGCUUUAACAUUCCCCCCUUCAUCUGGGAAAUCUUUCAUUAUGGGUGCAGAUGAGACCCUUGAAAGUGAGCUUGGCCUUGGGGAAUUGGCAGGCCUUACAGUGGCCAAUGAGGCAGAUUCACUGACAUAUGAUAUAGCAAACAAUAAAGAUGCUCUGAGGAAGACUUGGAAUCCCAAGUUUACUUUAAGGAGCCAUUUUGAUGGAAUAAGGAGCCUGGCUUUUCAUCCAAUUGAACCAGUGUUAAUUACAGCUUCAGAAGACCAUACAUUAAAAAUGUGGAAUUUGCAAAAAACUUCUCCAGCAAAAAAGAGCACCUCACUUGAUGUUGAACCUAUCUAUACUUUCAGAGCACAUAACAGUCCAGUGCUUUGUGUAGUGAUGAGUAACAGUGGUGAGCAGUGUUACAGCGGAGGUACUGAUGGCCUCAUCCAGAGCUGGAAUACUACAAAUCCAAAUAUUGACCCUUAUGAUUCAUAUGAUCCUUCUAUCUUACGAGGUGCAUUUGUGGGCCACUCAGAUGCAGUAUGGGGUUUGGUUUAUAGUGGAACACACCAGCGCUUGCUCUCCUGUUCAGCAGAUGGCACCAUACGUUUAUGGAAGGCUUUGGAGAUUUCUCCUGCUUUGAAUAUAUUUAAUGAUAAUCAAGAAAUGGGAAUCCCAUCAUCUGUGGAUCUAGUGAGCAGCGACCCAAGCCUCAUGGUGGCAUCAUUUAACAAUGGGUAUACGAGCAUUUUUAAUAUGGAAACAAGACAACGCAUUCUUACCUUGGAGUCCAAUGUAGAUACUACAGUUAACACUUCUUGCCAAAUAAACAAAGUAAUCAGCCAUCCAACUCUUCCAAUAAGUAUCACAGCCCAUGAGGACAGGCACAUCAAAUUUUAUGACAAUAACACUGGAAAAUUGAUCCACUCUAUGGUAGCCCACUUGGAUGCAGUCACAAGUUUAGCUGUCGAUCCAAAUGGCUUGUACUUGAUGUCCGGCAGCCAUGACUGUUCUAUACGCUUAUGGAACCUUGAAAGCAAAACCUGCAUUCAGGAAUUUACAGCUCAUCGCAAAAAGCAUGAUGAAUCCAUUCAUGAUGUGGCAUUCCAUCCCUCCAAAUGUUAUAUUGCCAGUGCAGGAGCAGAUGCACUUGCCAAAGUCUUUGUAUGAUGCAACACUUCCCUUUCCUUCUAGCUGCCUUGUAUAUAUCUAUACCUAUAUAUCCAUAUAUCUGUAUCUAUAACAUAAGCUGUACAAAAGAUAAGAGCAAGAAUCUUCUUGUACCCUUUAAUUCAGUGAAUGUUAGCAAUUGCUUCAGAUUAUAUGAGUUCAGUUAGUGCUGAGAGCUGGGAAACUCCCUAUUUCAAGCGGUCUAUAGAAGAACCAUUUUAAUUUUGAAAGUGUCCUUUUUUGUCUAGGCUGGCCUUGGGCAAAACGAGAUGCUGUCUUAAUAUAUGCAAUGUAGAAAUCCACAAAAAGGCUAAUAGCUUACCUUGGUAUCAUUGGAUCAGCUUUCCCUAACUUGGUGCACUGCAAAAGUGUUGGGGCUGCAACUCCUGGAGCUUCCAAUCAGCACUUCUAAAGGGCACCAAGUUGGAGAAGGUGGCAAAUAAAUCUUAACCUAGAUUAUUCUCUAAAUUGAAAAUUCAUGUAAUUCAGAACCUUGAAACAAUUAAUUCAUUGUCUCCUUUUCUAGCAUUGAGUGGUUCAAGGAGGUACAGAAGCUCAGCCCAUAUUUAAUCUCAGCCUAUAGGGUCUUAUAAUAGACAGAUUGGAUUGAAAGUGUCAACUAUUUAAAAGUAUGAAUGCAAUAACAUAUUUUCUGAAAUUAUGUUAAAAGAAGAUAUGUAAAAUGCAUAUAAAUGUAAAUUCUAUUUAAACUGUUGGAAAUGAAUGUUAACAGGUGGCUGGAACCACAGUAUAGCCUUUAAUGUAACUUCGUCUAAGAUGAUGGGGCAUAUGUUUACAAUAAGGAUCUGACUAAUUUCAGAUGCUGAUGACUAUUCAUAGUAGAGCCAAGGAAUAUUACGUAUCUUUCCAGCUACACAAGAAAUGAGAUUUCCAGAUUUUCUUACUGGGGUGCUUAUUGGUUGGGAAAGCGUGUGGUGUUCUCCCACUUUGUAAACUGCACUGCAUAAGAGCCUAAUAAGCCACACAAGAACAGGAUAUAUUUGUGUACUGUUUGGGAUAUGUGAGGGGAUUCAGGCUAUUUACCGUGGACAAAACCUGUACGAAGUAACAAUGGUUUCCUGCUCCCUUCCAGUGACUCCAUAAUAUUUGCCAUAACUGUGGGAGGGUUUAUGCCAGCGCAAGCUGGGAGUGUCCAAAGGUAGAUGGUAUUCUUUUAUACGCAAUAUUGUCCCCCCUCACCUGCGGCCCCCAAUCUUCAUGGUUUUAUCUAACAGACCUUGUAUUGGGAAUAUGUGACUGGAAUUGGUUUUUGAAAGUACUUGAAACUUAAAAGAUUGGCCAUCUUUGGCCACUAUGUUGUGGUACUUUUAAUGGUUAUUUUCUGUACGUUUGUUACAAAAAACCAAACCUGUUUAUAGUUGUUUCCUCUCCUGCAGAAACGGAUUAAAUAGGAAUAGCUGUUACACAUCCAUUAUUUUUGUGAUUUUGUGUCAAAGCAGAAAAUCCAACUGCACAAAACACAUUAAUCUAUGUGUGACUUCUGUGUAUUUCCCUUUACUAUCUUGAUAUCCUUAUUUUUAAAAAGGAUAUUACAAACAUUAAGCUGUGUAUAUUUUGUGUAUGUGUGUAUAUAUAUGUAUAUGACAGAGAGAUUGUAAACAGUAUAUAUUAUAAGUAAGGGAAGAUUCUAUGGAUAAUUUUAAUGUUUUAGUAUUGAAAGUUCUCGAGAUUUAAUACAAAGGAUAAAACAUAUAUAGUAUUGUGCUUUUUGCUUAAGCAACAUAAUACAAAAUUGCUGAUGUUUAAAUUGCUGUACAUAUCACUAAUAGGGUCAGCAUGUUUGAUUAAAUUAUGAAUGUAACAAAAAGUUGCUAUUCAAAUAUGGAUAGAAGGACGUGCCAUCCUGCUUAGUGAAUUUUUGAUCCAAGUGAAGUGACUUUUAAAAUAGAUGAAUAGCCAGAAGUUGAGGUGCCAUUGAACAAACAAAAUGUAGCCUUAUUACGAGGUUGUGGGCUCUGUUGCAGAUUCCGUGUUUGUGUCUGUCAAAUUGCAUAUUACAAUCUGCAUUGGACUAAAUACGGAUACAUUCUGUUGGAGUUGAAAAGGACCUUUUUUAACUGAUAAACUGUUUCAUUUAUCUUCCAGUCUUGGAUUGCAUUUCUGUUAUCCAUUCAUAGUCAUUUUUAGGUCAGACUGAUUAAUGUUCAAUGUGCAUCUUUUUCUUAAUUGCUUUUCUUUAUGCUAUCCAAAUGAAGCUCACCAAGUGAACUGCCUUCAUUUAACAUACUGUAGUUAAAAUCAUGUCUAGUUAUCUAAAAGUUUUGCCUAUGCAUUUGACUAGAGAGAAAAUGCUGAGCAUAUACUUGUCAUCUGAAGCUGUAGCUACUGAUUCAUGAAGAGCAUGUACAUCUGAACAGGAGGAAACUUGUGAACUAGUGCUGCCCUUACACCCUCCAUAAUUUAUUUUAAGAACAUAUUCUUUCUCCUCCUUGUUAUCUUUCCUUUUCAAAGAAGAGGAAGAAAAUUUAACCCUCUGUUUGUUGUUUGAAACAAAAAAAGGUACCUUAACUGUAUGCUAACUGAAAACCCUGUAUAUAGCAAACUGAAAACACACAAUGAUAACCACAUUUCAUAGUAAUAUAUGUGAUUUACAGGAACCAGUAGAUAUUUACCUUGUUGCUCAGUUCUCCAUAUUAAACCAAUUUGUUUAAGGUGCCUGAAAAGUACAAGAGUGCAAUUUGGUUGUAGUUGGAUAUAUUUUAUUUCUUCUAGUAUAUUACUUGGCAUUUCACUAACUCCUCUCCUGGACAAUAGGCAGAUUUGGAUUUUGCAUGUGCAGAACAAUUUUUGUGUUGGUUGGUACAUAAACCUGGUUACAUUUUGGUACAUGACUCUUUGUUAGGCGUUGACAGAAUGGCAAUAUCUUUUGUUCUUUUUGCCACAUUUUAUUUCAGAGAAUGUAGAGAAAUUUCUUUUAAUUUUACGGUUAAUACACAUUCUUUGAGUAUCUGGAUUUGAAGCCCCUAUUCUUACUUACCAACAGCUGGUGGUAGUUUUGGAAGUACUAGAAGUGAUUUCCAUUAUUCAGCAGAAAACUCUGGUUUGCUUCUUGUGUUUUAUAAUAUAGCUAAACUGAAAUUAGAAUCCUUUCCAAAAAUAUAAAUGAAAUUAUGUCCCUAAAGAGAGUAGUAAUCCUUCUGCAUUUAGCAUGAUAACUGCUGUAAUCGUCAUAUGAUGCUUGAGUAAAUACGUACAUGGAUCUACGUAGUUCAUGUGAUCACUGUAUUUAUCAUGGAACAAAUCUUAAUAUUGGCUUAGAUCAACAGAAAGAAGUUACUGUAAUGAAGUAUAGGUUAUGUUGAUCAUGAACCGCUGAAACUACUCUUUGAUUUGAUAUAAAGUGAUGUUAUUUUCUUUAUAGAAAAGUAGCUUUUAUAGCCACCAUUUUUCUCUAUGUAUAUUUACUUAGAAGUAGGUCCUCUAUAAUCAGUAGGACUUACUCCCAGGUAAGUAUACAUUGAAUUUGCAAUAUUUGUAUUGUACUGCAGAGAGUUUUAAUAAUGUUUUGUGAUUUAUCAGUUUGCCUAAAUUUUGAUUAAAAUAAAUCAUUUAGGUUUUAGUUUUCAUCACAUUACGGAGAUUUUGCAUCAAUAAAGAAACAGUGAUGGUGAUGCUAGAUUUUCGGGAUAUUUAUAACAAAAGAUUCUUCACUGAAUAUUAUUCAGUAUCUGUCAGUUUUAGUCCAGGAGUUAUUCAUAAUUGUUACGAAUGUGCACUUUAAGAAUAGUUUUCAAUAGUUUGCCAUUUGGUUAAAAUUAGACAAAGAUGCAAAAAGGGGAAAAUGCCAACUGAGAACUAGUAUAGCAAUUUUAAAAAAUUCUUAAAAAUAAACUUUUAAAAAGCAAAUGGCACAAAACUUUGUGAAGCAUCUUGAGUAAAUCUGUCUACCAAGAAAAUUUUCUUAUAAUCUUCUGUUAUUGCAGUUAAAUAUAAGGUGAAAGUGAUGUGGUAAUGAAGGCAGUAACUGGGUAGUUGCUAAAUAAAGUGUGAUUGUUUUGUACGGUACUUGCAUUCUCUGUUGAAUAAAGUCUGAUGGGCCUUUCUGUAGUAACACUAUUCAGAGCAGCUUUACUAAAUAUUGAAGCAGCAAAUAAAUGUCCUUUGUAAUAUGUAUUUAUGUAAAUUGGGUGCUAAUAAAUACUAUUU